AAGAACCAUUUUACAUUUGUAAUCUCUUUUGAAUUCUUUAUGUUUUCGUUAAUUCUGAAAUCUUGAUUUUCUUUUUCCAUAUCUAUCAAAACCCGUGAUCCUCACGUUUCCAUACUUACAAAACCACUUUAAAACCGUACCUUUUCCCACCACUCAUGGACAAAAAUGGUUCAUGGAUUAAUGAAAACCUCCACGAAGCUACUAAACAUCUGCAUCGAUUCCCUCUGCAAAUCUCGAAACUUGCAGAAAGCAGAAUCAUUACUCAUAGACGGAAUCAGACUAGGCGUCCUCCCCAACGUCGUCACUUACAACACCUUAAUCAACGGCUACUCUCGUCUCGUUGGCAUCGACGAAGCUUACGCCGUAACACAUCGUAUGAGAGAUGCCGGAAUCAAACCAGACGUCUCUACAUACAACUCACUCAUCUCCGGAGCUGCGAAACAGCUCUCGUUAACCCGCGCCCACCAACUGUUCGACGAAAUGCUUCGCUCAGGUUUAUCUCCAGACAUGUUGAGUUACAACACUCUCAUCUCUCUCUACUUCAGGGUCGGGAGACACGGAGACGCGUUUCGGAUUCUGAACGAAAAUGUUCAUGACGCUGGGCUGUCUCCUGGUGUUGACACUUACAACAUUCUUCUCGACGCGCUUUGCAAGAGCGGUCACAUAGAUAAUGCUAUUGAGCUGUUUAAGCAUGUAAAGAGCCGGGUUAAACCCGAGCUCAUGACUUACAACAUUCUCAUCAACGGUCUUUGUAAAUCAAGAAGAGUUAGCUCCGCGAAUUGGAUGCUGAGGGAGCUUGAGAGAGCGGGGUACACUCCUAAUGCUGUUACGUACACGACGAUGCUUAAAAUGUACUUUAAGACGAAGAUGAUUGAGAAAGGGCUUAAGCUUUUCUUGAAGAUGAAGAAGGAAGGGUAUACCUUUGACGGGUACGCGAGUUGUGCAGUUGUUAGUGCUUUGAUUAAGACAGGGAGAGCAGAGGAGGCGUAUCAAUGUAUGCAUGAGCUGGUGAGAAGCGGUAGACGGAGUGGAGAUAUUGUUUCGUACAACACGUUGUUGAAUCUGUAUUUUAAAGACGGGGACUUGGAUGCAGUGGAUGAUUUACUGGAGGAGAUUGAGAGUAAAGGAUUGAAGCCUGAUGACUACACGCAUACGAUUAUAGUCAAUGGUUUGUUGAGCAUUGGACAUACGGGAGGAGCUGAGAAGCAUUUGGCUUGUUUGGGAGAGAUGGGGAUGCAGCCGAGUGUUGUCACCUGUAACUGUUUGAUUGAUGGGUUGUGCAAAGCGGGUCAUGUAGACCGUGCGAUGAGGUUGUUUUCGUCGAUGGAGAUUAGAGAUGAGUAUACUUACACUUCUGUUGUGCAUAAUCUAUGCAAAGAUGGGCGGCUUGUGUGCGCUUCGAAGCUGUUAUUGUUGUGUUACAAUAAAGGAAUGAAGAUUCCGUCGUCGGCUAGACGAGCUGUGUUGUCGGGGUUACGGAUGACGGUAUCUUACCAGGCAGCAAGGAAGACGCAUCACAAAAUCAAAGCUGCUAUAAAGAGCAAUGCAAUAGCGGAUCCUUAGGACACUGAUAGGUACUAUAGAGAUUAGAGGAAAGUUUCUUUCGUCUGCAUCAAUGGAGUCCUAUCUUCCGACAUCUCAAGUUAUAGUGUAAACGUCUGAUUAAUUAGUCUUUUCAUAUCAACAUGUGGUGAAAAGUAUGUAAAACAGUUUCUUGUGUCGUCCUUACGUAAAGAUUCUUGUUUUUUCUCUCUUGUAAAUAUAACUUUUGGGUGGAUUUUGGCUGGAGAGAUGUAUUAGCUUAGGAUUGGUUUGAUUGAAACAGAUAGCUUCUGUACAAGAUUCUAGCUAUGAACAGUUCAUAAACUCUACGCAGGUUCAGCAACAUAUAUAAUGACUUGAGAUCAGUUCACUU